AUGGACCCACAGAAAUUGCAAGCAUACCCUUCACUCGCCACAGUCGAGCAACUCAUUAUCCGCGAAAAGCGGGGCAACUGCAUCCCAGUUUUCGUCCAGCUCCCCGCAGAUCUCAUCACACCAUGCAUGGCGUACCUCCGGAUAUCCCAGGGUUCAAAAUACAGCUUUCUCCUAGAAUCUGUCAUCGCUGGCGAAAACAUAGCCAGGUAUAGUUUCGUGGGUGCAGACCCUCUCAAGGUUAUCAAAACCGGUCCGAACGAAGAGGUUACGGGGGAUCCUAUGUUGUCGGUCCACCAAUAUAUCAAAAUCCCGGAAAUCCCUACCUUUACUGGCGGCGCGAUCGGCUACGUCUCCUACGACUGUAUACGGUACUUCGAACCUAAGACGGCGAGAGACCUGAACGACCCUCUUGGCAUCCCCGAGUCUCUGUUUAUGAUCACAGACUCCCUCCUCAUCUACGAUCACUUGUUCCAGAGUGUCAAAGUCGUCUCUCAUGUAUUCUCCCCAACGAAUGCUGGCACAACGAACCUUUCCUUUGUAUAUCAAACUGCAGUGGCCAAAAUUCGCCGGCUGGCUAAAGUCCUUAUGUCACCGAAUACCCCCGAUGUACCCCAACCUGCUAUCUCAUUGGGCAACGAAGCGGUUUCUAACGUGGGCAAGGAAGGUUACGAAGGAUUUGUAACCAAACUGAAGGAACACAUUAUUGCUGGCGACAUUAUUCAGGCUGUUCCAUCACAGAGACUCUCCCGACCAACGGAGCUUCAUCCUUUCAAUGUUUACAGGCAGCUGCGUCAGCUCAAUCCAAGUCCUUAUAUGUUUUAUUUGGACUGUGGCGAUUUGCAGGUCGUUGGUGCUAGCCCUGAAACCCUCUGCAAGGUCGAGGCUAACAAAGUGUACAAUCAUGCCAUUGCGGGAACGAUAAAACGUGGCAAAACUAUCGAGGAGGACGAAAAAUUGGCUGAGCAGCUGCGCUCAUCAGAAAAGGAUAGGGCAGAACAUAUUAUGCUCGUUGAUCUUGCUCGAAACGACAUCAAUCGUGUGUGCAAGCCAGAGACAUCGAAAGUGGAUUAUCUCAUGGAGGUGCACAAGUUCAGCCAUGUCAUGCAUUUGACUUCUCAAGUGUCUGGCAUUCUCCGCGAGGGAAAGUCAAGAUUCGACGCUUUCCGAUCAAUUUUCCCUGCGGGCACGGUUUCUGGCGCACCAAAGAUCAAGGCAAUUGAGAUCAUCUCCGAACUAGAAAAGGAAAAGCGCGGAAUUUAUGCAGGAGCGGUUGGUCGCUUUGACUUUGCCGAUGAUGCCAUGGACACUUGCAUCGCUAUCCGUACGAUGACCUUCAAGAAUGGCGUUGCGUACCUGCAAGCAGGUGGUGGCAUUGUGUUUGAUAGCGUCGAAGAGGAAGAGUACAUCGAAACGGUCAAUAAGCUUGGCGGAAACGUGCGCGCAUUGUCUGAAGCAGAGAAAUAUUGGUAUGAUAUCCAAAGAGAGGAAGCAAAGGCGACGUAGACACGAUUAUA